GUGGCUCGUUAUUAUCUCACGUGUGGUCAACCUCGUCGUAGGAACGUAAAUUGCAAGCUCCCGGUUUGAACGUGUGAAUGGGGAGUUACUCUCCUCAACGUUUACAUUAUGUAGGACACAGCCAUGAUGCUUACUUCGAUUUUGAAAAAAAAUAAAAAUAACAGAUUUACGUGAGAAAAAUCACCUGCUAUAGCCAGCAUAACGGGAGAACAUAACGGGAGGAGCACAGCACAACUGCAGGCUACCGGGUGACGAGAAAGAUGGACAUAACAGACCAAGGAGCCCAGAUGGAGCCGCUACUACCGACGGAACAAAGUUCCCAAGGGGACAAGUCCGUGAGGGCUGAUGAGGAGGCGGUGGUGGACCGUGGGGGCACGCGCUCCAUGCUCAACACCAACUUUGAGAAGGAGGAGCUGGAAGGUCACCGGACUCUCUACAUAGGAGUCCAUGUCCCACUGGGCCGCCGGUCUCACCGACGCCACCGUCACCAUGGUCACCGGCACAGGAAGAGGUCCAGGGAGAGAGACUCCGAGGUGGAUGAUGGGAGAGAGUCGCCCUCCCACAUGGACACCCCUGCCCAGAGGGUGCAGUUCCUGCUGGGGACCGAGGAUGGUGACGAGGAGCAUAUCCCCCACGCCCUGUUCACAGAGCUGGAUGAGAUCUGUCUCCGCGAGGGAGAGGAUGCAGAGUGGAAGGAGACCGCCAGGUGGCUGAAGUUUGAGGAGGACGUGGAGGACGGGGGCGAGCGCUGGAGCAAGCCCUACGUGGCCACGCUGUCCCUCCACAGCCUGUUUGAGCUGCGCAGCUGCAUCCUCAAUGGCACCGUGCUGCUGGACAUGAGGGCCGGAUCCCUGGAGGAGAUCGCAGACAUGGUCCUGGACCAGCACGAGGUGUGGGGGCCUCUGGGCGAGGAGGCUAGGCGCAGGAUACGAGAGGCCCUGCUGAAGCAGCACCACCAUCAGAACCACAAGAAGCUGGCCAAUCGCAUCCCCAUCGUACGAUCCUUCGCCGACAUCGGCAAGAAGCAGUCGGAACCGCACUCCAUGGACAAGAACGGCCAGACGGUCUCACCCCAGUCCCAGCCGGCCAGCAUGGAGGUCAAGGGAGACGUGAGCAGGGAGAACAGCGCCGUAGACUUCAGCAAGAUAGACCUCCACUUCAUGAAGAAGAUCCCGGCGGGUGCAGAGGCCUCCAACGUCCUGGUGGGGGAGCUAGAGUUCCUGGAGCGUCCUGUGGUGGCGUUCAUACGCCUGGCGCCAGCCGUGCUGCUCAACGGCCUGGCUGAGGUGCCCAUCACCACCAGGUUCCUCUUCAUCCUGCUGGGGCCUCUGGGUAAGGGACCCCAGUACCACGAGAUAGGCCGCUCCAUCGCCACGCUGAUGACUGACGAGGUCUUCCAUGACGUGGCGUACAAAGCCAAGGACAGGAAGGACCUGGUGGCGGGUAUCGAUGAGUUUCUGGACCAGGUGACGGUGCUGCCUCCAGGAGAGUGGGACCCGUCCAUCAGGAUAGAGCCGCCCAAGAACGUGCCCUCGCAGGAGAAGAGGAAGAUUCCUCCCAUGCCCAAUGGGGUGACGGAUCUGGGAGAAGCAGAGGAGUCUGAGGGCCACGGAGGACCGGAGCUGCAGCGCACUGGGAGGUUUUUUGGAGGCUUCUUCAUGGACAUCAAGCGCAAGGCUCCCCACUACCUGUCUGACUACAAAGAUGCAGUCAGCCUGCAGUGUCUGGCCUCCUUCCUGUUCCUCUACUGCGCCUGCAUGUCCCCCGUCAUCACCUUCGGGGGGCUCUUGGGGGAGGCCACGGAGGGACGCGUAAGUGCCAUCGAGUCCCUGUUCGGAGCCUCCAUGACAGGCAUCGCCUACUCCCUGUUCGCCGGCCAGCCUCUCACCAUCCUGGGCAGCACUGGACCCGUCCUGGUGUUUGAGAAGAUCCUCUUCAAGUUCUGCAAGGACUACGGUUUGUCCUAUCUGUCCCUGCGCGCCUGUAUCGGUCUGUGGACGGCAUUCCUGUGCCUGGUCCUGGUCGCCACGGACGCCAGCUCGCUGGUGUGCUACAUCACGCGCUUCACGGAGGAGGCCUUCGCCUCGCUCAUCUGCCUCAUCUUCAUCUACGAGGCGCUGGAGAAGCUGAUCCACCUGGGAGAGCACUACCCCAUCAACAUGAACAACAACCUGCAGAAGCUCACCCAGUACUCGUGUGUGUGUGUGGAGCCCACACACCCCACCAACGAGACGCUGAGGUACUGGGAUGAGAGGAACAUCACUGCCUCCAACGUCAACUGGACGUCCCUGGAAGUCUCGGAGUGCGAGGUGUUCCGGGGUCAUUUCGAGGGCAGCGCCUGCGGCCCUCACGGCCCCUACAUCCCAGACGUGCUCUUCUGGUCCGUGAUCCUGUUCUUCUCCACCGUGGCCAUGUCCUCCUUCCUCAAGGAGUUCAAGACCAGCCGAUACUUCCCCACCAAGGUGAGGGCGAUCAUCAGUGACUUUGCUGUUUUCAUCACCAUCCUCACCAUGGUCCUGGUGGACUACGGCCUGGGAAUCCCCUCCCCAAAACUGCAGGUCCCCAGCAAGUUUAAACCCACCAGGGACGACCGCGGGUGGUGGAUCAACCCGGUGGGGCCGAACCCCUGGUGGACCACCAUCGUGACGGUUAUCCCCGCACUGCUCUGCACCAUCCUCAUCUUCAUGGACCAGCAGAUCACCGCCGUCAUCAUCAACAGGAAGGAGCACAAGCUGAAGAAGGGCUGUGGCUACCACCUGGACCUGUUUGUGGUGGGGGUGAUGCUGGGUGUGUGCUCCCUCAUGGGCCUGCCCUGGUUCGUGGCGGCCACCGUCCUCUCCAUCUCCCACGUCAACAGCCUGAAGUUGGAGUCGGAGUGCUCCGCCCCUGGCGAGCAGCCCCGCUUCCUGGGGAUCAGAGAGCAGCGCUUCACCGGUCUCAUGAUCUUCCUGCUCAUGGGCUGCUCCGUGUUCAUGACAUCCGUGCUCAAGUUCAUCCCGAUGCCAGUGCUGUAUGGGGUCUUCUUGUACAUGGGAGCUUCUUCUCUGAGGGGAAUUCAGUUCUUCGACCGUCUGAAGUUGUUCGGCAUGCCGGCCAAACACCAGCCGGACUUUAUCUACCUGCGGCACGUGCCCCUGAGGAAGGUGCACCUGUUCACCGUGGUGCAGCUCACCUGCCUGGCUCUGCUCUGGAUCAUCAAGACCUCCAAGGCUGCCAUCGUCUUCCCUAUGAUGGUCUUAGCCCUGGUGUUCAUCCGGAAGCUCCUGGACUUCUUCUACACCAAGCGGGAGCUGAGCUGGCUGGAUGACCUGAUUCCUGAGUGGAAGAAGAAGAAACUGGAGGAUGCGGAGGAGGAGGAGGAACACAGCAUCGUAGCGGAGGAGGAGGGGAUCAUCCAGGUGCCGAUGGAGGGACACUACAAGACGGACCUUAGUGACCCAGCCACAGUAAACAUCUCAGACGAGAUGUCCAAGGGCUCGUUCGGAAACGUGUGGAAGAGUGUCAACCCAGAGAACGCAGAAAAAAAGAAAGAUCCCAGCGCCAAGAGCUCCCCUACCUAGCCUCCCAGAGCCGCCUGCCAGAGUUUCUCCCCUGGCGGUGAGAAGAGAUUCAAGCGGAGGAGCAAGGGAGAGAAGGGUUUGGACCGGGAGACAAGUUUGUGAUGCUUCCCCUCGGCUGCCGCUCUGGCAGACGAAGAGCAGAGCUCCGGAGUGCCACCAGACCACUGUCCUGUCCUGUGCGUCCUUGUCCUGAUCGUCUGUGUGUGCAACUUGUGUGUGAACAGGUCUGUUAGAAAAUGGAUAACCUUUUAGCGGAAACCAAGAAACAUUCAGUGUCAUGUGUUUUACAAUGUAUGGUGAAGCUAAGAGUAUGAGUAAGUGAGAGAUUUACUGACACUUCGUGGGGUUGUGUUAAUGGGCCAAUUCAGCAACAAUUUUCAAUGCCGGUUUUUAAAAACGUAUUUACUUUUUGAUGGAUUAUUUGUAUUUUGUAUGUUUUUUCUAUUUUUCCAACAAAUAUAACUGUUUAUGAUCCUUAUGAUAACCUAUCAGAACAAAACCUCCAAUUAAUGGAAUUUAUGUUUGGUGUUAACGGGAUAUCACUAUUGAAUAGAUGCACUUGACACAAAAGAUUCUUUAAAAACUUCUAGCUAGAUAUUUGCCACUAACAACCUACUUUGAAAACAUGAAAACCUGUGGGGUAUAAUUGAAGAAAAUCCUGAAAAACAUUUUGAAGGUGAAACUUUUUUUAAUAUAUAAAUCUACAUAUACACUGUAUAUCUAAAUGUUUUGAAGCAGUAUUUCAUGAAAUAUUUUAUCAUUGCUAUUUUACGGUUGACACUGUAUGUUCAUAGCACUGUAUUAACCAGUGAGUUCAGGACAGUGUUUUAAAGGCACUUGUUGGGGUUAGUGGCUGUAACUGAACCAUAGCCCUGAAGUUACUAAGGUACUGUACAUUUAACUAGCUAAGUUUGGGGAAAAAAACAAAAAAAACAAUGUUGUCUUAGCUUCUCCAGAUUGAUUUUGCAAACGAUUCUUUACAGAAACUGUAGAAAAUAGUUUAUUUUCAUCUGAAUUUGGUCCUCAUCACGUGUCAUCGUCAUGAUGUUUCAUUGCGUUGCACAUGUGAACACUCCCUCCAAAGCAACUCCAUGUCUGUUUAAACAAACUGUUACUGUCAAACACCUGCACAAAGGUAGCCUGCUAAACCACCCUGAUCCUGCCAGAUCCCACUAGUUCACCCUGAGGUGGAGCAAGGUUAAAGGUCAGGCUGGUUUACCUGGUUAGCAAGAAGCCCAACCAGCCUUGUCUUGUUCCUGGACGGGGGUUUCUCUGAGAGAUGCAAUAAACCUUUGAUGAGAAAAGGGUAACGUAAUAAAUAGUAAAGAUUCUUGAUGUACAAUACAUAGUAUAUUUUAUUCAUGUAAAAUGUUAACUAGUAUAUUACUAACUUUGAAUUGAUGUUACGAAAAAAAAAAAAAAAGUUUUGUUCUAAAAGUCUUUCCCAUUGUGGUGUUGUAUUGAUGGAUUUUUUGUUAGGUAGAAAAAAAUACAUGAAAGGGUCAAAAAUAUAUCAAUAUCAAAUUUUGGCCACUUCAGUGUGGAAUUCUGCCUUAAAAUGUAGUAUUGAUAGCUGAAGACUUGCACUCAAGAGUUUGAAUUAUCUGUGUAAAAUAUCAACAAAUGUGGUUCCAAAUGUGAUUUGCUACACGACAGGACGCGUUAGAGAAAAGGUUGUGUGAGCCAUUCAAAUAAAGCGACUGCGACACUGAUCUGAAA